AAUUAUUGGGAGGAAAGGGACAAAUGCAUUUGUCAGUUACUGGGAAAUUACUCGUACAACGCACCACGUCCUUCAAUAUUUUUCCUCGUUUGGAUUAUCUGGGAUAUUUGUCACUUUACGGUGGCACGUCCACAAAGACAAGUGGAGCUGCUACUGUUGUAAUUCCUACAGCCUGUCACAAGUAUUUUUAAUCUUUAAAUUUGUCCGAUGUUCGAGUGUGAGUGAAACACUUAACUGUUGGGAUGUACAAAUUUUGCGAGGACCUGGAUCUGGAGGAAUUGCCGGAAUCGGUCUACCGAGAGCUAGUGGAUGAGCUCAAUGUUAAUGAUAAUUGGGUUCAUUUGGGGAAUUACGUAGCGCAGCGCCUGGAACUCAGGCCAGGAUGGGUCAAGUCUCUGGAGGGCAGGGGAGCCAGCAGGGGAAAAGAAUCGCCAGCCGAUGAUUUACUGUACCAAUUGAACAUUAGACUGUGUACAGUUGGAAUCUUGGGGGAUUUGAUGGAAGAUUGCGGACUUUUGAGGGCGUUAUCAACAUUGAGAGAGACAGAACCUUUGACCAUCACGAGGCACCCGAAUUUCCCGUCUCAAGAAGUCAAAGUAUCCAUGGGUAAAAAAAUUCAGUUGAUCUGUGAAGCAACAGGCCUCCCACCUCCCUCCUACACUUGGCACCACGGCGAUUCAAUUCUGCCUAACGAAGGAGGGAGAGAACUGACUUUAGAAAUAACUACGGAGGACCAGGAGGGUGAAUACAGGUGUUUAGUGACUCAGGUUGACAUCGAGGGAAAAAUUAUUGAUCAACUGGUCUCCGAAUCGGUUUAUGUCGCCGUCAACUCAACUCCAGUUGUUGUUCAAUGCCAGCCAUCACCUUUCGUAGAAAUGAAAAAAGGGAAAUCCCUGGUUUUAUCCUGCAAAGUCAAAAGUCACCCAGAACCGAUUUAUCAGUGGUUCAGAGAUAAUACGAAAUUAGAGAUGCAGACGUCGAGUGUAUUGAAAAUUGACAACUUCGACGCAAACGACGAGGGAAAAUAUUACUGUUAUAUUAAAAAUCCAGUUAGCGAAGUCUGCACUGAAAGAGCUACUGUUAUUAUGGAGAUGCCAAGAGAAAAAGCAACGGUCAAAAUUGCAUUAUUAAUUGCCAACGAAGAUUAUGACCAUCACGACAGACUCAAGACUCCGAAGAAUGACGUGGGAAAGCUCGCCAAGUUGCUUCACGAAAUUGGAUUCAAAGUUAUUUGCUUCGCUAAUCUGAAUAUUCAGCAGAUGAAAAACGCCAUGACUAUUUUUUCUGCUGCUUUGUCCGAAGGAGCUUAUGGACUUUUUUAUUUCGCUGGCCAUGGUUUUAAGAUGCAAGAAAGCUACGUGUUAUCCGUGGAUGCGCCAAAAACAUUUUUGAGAAGCGACGCAAUUUGUGAGAGUGAAAUAUUAUCGAUCAUGAUGCCGAAAGAUCCUGCACUUCUGGCUGUCAUUCUCGAUACUUGUCAAACAGUCCCUCCCAAGGAAUCAAAUCCAGAUAUUCAUAGAGAAAUACCAAGAGUGAAUGAGUAUAGGGGCAGGAAGAACCUAAGGAAUUUAAUUCAAGCUUAUUCGACGUCCAGCUAUCGCCCUAGUUACGAAAGAUCCAGCAAUGAGAAUGGGCUCUAUGUUACUCAUCUCAGUAAAUUCAUUACAAAGGAUAUUCCUGUGCAGAAGGUCUUCGAAGAAGUCGGAAGAUCUAUAGACAGGUGGUUCAAAGGAAAAGAACGAAACCAAAUUCCAAUGUUUGCGUUGACGGUAACAAAACCCUAUCGAUUGACGGACAGUAUUUAUGCAAAGAAUUCGUUUCUGGAGCCUUCGAAAUUGGAUCAAUUAUUGAGCUUCCCCUCGAGAAAAAUCGAAAUUUCGUUCCAACAAAGUGGAAUCACCUGUCAGGUCCAGGUAUCUCCCUACCUCAAGCCCUUCAGCAACAUUAUAAAACUUUCAUUUGAUGUCGCGGACGAUUUAUCAGUGAGUCUUUAUAAUUUGGUUCCAAUAGAGCCAAACAAUUUAUUCCGAACGAAAAUCAAUGAAUUCUGGAUUCAUAAUCCUCAAAGGAAUAAGGGUCCGCUGGCGAUAUUCAUCGAACGAGAUGGGAAUCGAGUGGGUGCUUCAGCCCUCAAAUUAAUGGAUUACGUACCUAAGAUCCUUCAAAACUUAUGAACAUUCUUUAAAAUCUUUUUUUCUGUGCUGCCCCACGACUCCUUGUCUGACCAAGUUGACCUCACGCAUUUGCCAAACUCGUGAACUUGCGAAUAACUAUAGAAAUGUUCUCUCGUGGGCAGUUGCGUUUGGGUGGUUUUCCUCUUCCCCACACGAGUAAACUUGUACUCGAAAUGAGAAGAAACACGUGGAGAAUAUUUGUCAAACAAAAAUGUAUUUUACAAUUUAUUAAACAGACGAAUCUUGAAGUGUUA